AUUCAGAAGAGCUACUGCACGCCCUUCACCACCUACCGAAAUGGGACGCCCAUGGCUCCAUGCGGUGCUAUUGCCAACAGCAUGUUCAAUGACACUAUUGAUCUUUUUUACAAUCUUAACUCAUCUGUUAUUCAAGUACCACUGCUGAAGACUGGAAACAGUUGGUGGACAGAUAAAAAUGUGAAAUUUCGCAAUCCAAAAUCAUACAAUCUCUCUUCUGCAUUUGCAGGUACAGCAAGACCUCCUUAUUGGCAGAAACCAGUGUAUUUGUUAGAUGAGGAAGAUGAAAGGAACAACGGUUAUGUAAAUGAUGACUUCAUUAUCUGGAUGCGAGUGUCAGCCUUUGCUACGUUCAGAAAUCUUUACCGUCGUGUCAGACGGAUAAGGCAGUUUGCAGAUGGCCUCCCCGCAGGGAAUUACACUUUUCGUAUUUCUUAUAAUAUCCUUUGAUAUUUCCCUGUUACCAGAUUCAAGGGGAGGAAGCAUGUGAUUCUUUCAACGGUGGUAUGGAGCGGAGGAAGUAACCCAUUCCUGGGAAUUGCCUAUGUGGUUUCUGGCACAGCAGCAACCCUGACAGGUUUUGUCAUAACUGCCAUCCACUUAAAACUCAGAAAAAAGAAAACAUACUUUCAGAAGUAA